GGCAGUGUUAUCAACACCGGGAGAGAGGCAGUGUUGGCUUUCCCCGUGGCAAGAGCAAGCCUUGAGGGACUGCCAAUAAUUAUAGAAAAUAAUGAUGAUGAUGAUUAGGAUAAAGAAGAAGCAGAAACAAUAGUGUCUGCACGUGGCUAUAUCAGCCACACAGCCAAGGAUCCGCUCCCACAUCCUGAGGGAGGUGACACAUGACCUGCAGGGACGUCCUGCAGUCCUGGUGCAGCCUGCGGGGGCAGAGGACGUCGUCGGAGCCGGGUCCCGUGCACUUGAUCAUCCAGGGAGGACCCCAGCCAGACCAGGAUGGUGGACCAGUGGACGGUGUUGUGGUGGUGCCUGAUGGUGAUCACUGCAGACGCGGGCCUCGCCAGCGGUGUGGAGGAGUGCUUCUUGUACCCCGUGAAGAAGGGGGAGCAGAGCCCCAGCGUCCCCCUCCAGGACAGUGGCGACACCAUCAUCACCAUCAACAACAUCUACGACAACAACACCAUCACCACCAUCACUACUGACGAUGGUGUCUGUGUGGCGCGGGUCCUUCAUAACAGCACUCAUCAACCGAGGAAAGAUGGCUGCCCUGUCCUCGACGCCAGCGCUGUCGACACCAGCACCGGGACGUGGCAUGAGUUGGUGACGGUGGUAGUGCAUCGGGGAGGAGGGAGGACCAGCGUGUACCUGGGGGACUCCGGGGACGAGGAGCAGCUGGUCAAGGUCCACCUCGGAGACGCCAGCACCGUUCAUGUUGUGUCCCAGGAGUUCGUCAACGUUGCUUACGGCUGUUGCCACGGAUGUUUCCAGUUCCAGAAGGCCACCAUUCACAAGAGCUUCAGAGACGGACGUCCUGGAUCUUUACUCUUCUACGGACGACUUACGGGCUCGGGACCACCCAAGAGGACCAUAUUUGAUUUAAGAGUCGCUGGUUGGACCGAAAGGAAAGAUUUCUUCCCAGAGAACAGUACUAUGAACAACACUCACUGGUUCGCGUUCCGAGCGCUGCCAGAGUACACCGAAGGCAAGAAGGGUAAUUACGGACAAUCCCUUACACUCCGGUACGAGACUGCCGCCUCCAGCUGCAGCCCGGAGGACCCAGGCUGCAAUACAGGACAUAAUGUAAUGUAUGCAGGAGCAGUUGAUUCCAGGGAUUUGUACCUGUCUUUCAGUGCGACGGAGAACGUGCGGUGGGCCGUGUUCUGCCGGCCUCGGGCCACUAGCCAGGUGCCAGGAUAUAAUAUUAGUGUCUACUUGGCAGAAGAGGUGGUGUUGUGGCGUGUAAUGUCGAGUGCGCUGGUGCUGGCAGUGGUGUGCGUGCUGCUGUUCCUGGUCACCGUCUUCCUCAACAUUAUUAUUGUACGUCGACAACCACCACCAUCUCGCCCCUCUCACUCCCACACCGCCCCCCUCGCCUCAACCUAUCUAUCAAAUAACGACCCUUCGAAACACAUUUACGAAUACCUAGAACUUGAUCCUCUCUAAGAUGACUGUCAACAAGCCGGAAGACUUCCCAGGACCGUCACCGUCGCUCCCACAGACGAGGCGGGGAUGUUCCCUCGCGGAGGCUCGCCACAGACGACACCUGAAGGACAGGGGCCAGCGUCGCCUCCCAGCACGCAUGACACGCCAUCUGGGUCGGCGAGAGUAUCUCUGAAAGGUUUAGUGGCCCGGGCCAUUUAGUAUAUCAUUUGUGUGACGUUGUGGCAACUGGAGAGGACGAGAUGGUCUCACCAGUGGGCCUCGUAGCGAAGCCUGGUGAAGGGUAGGGAUUCCGGUAGGUGAGUGAUCCUCUGGAGCCGGCGACGCACGAGGCGACCCGACGUAUAAAUUUCAGGCGCUAAACCCAACCCGUCCUCUCGAGGCCUCGCAACGUCACUAAACUGAUGUACUAAAUUGCCCGAACCUAACCUAACCAAGGAUCCACAAUUAGAACACGUGAUAUUACGUCAACUUUGUGAGUCGCUAGGAUUUUUAGCACAUUUGUUUUAUGCUUCAGGGGAUUUGUGUCAAAAUGCAAGAUACUCUUCGAGAGGACAACACCGACUGAGCAUGUCGUGAGAGGACGGGCGGGGGCGACUACUCAUACAAUAAGUGAAUCCUUUUACGAAAUGUAGGCAUUAUAGAGUGCCAUCUGGGACUCCAUCAUGUCCCCCAAGCCUCAUCGGAGAGGCGCUUCAUUAUAUCUACGCGGCGGAACUCCGGAGAUAUUCUUCGUGUGUUAAUGCUAGACGUGGAGCAUGGGGUUCGACCCCGAGCACCUGUGUGCCGUGACUACCGGUAGACCAUGGUCCAGUAUUCUCAGCACCGGCUGUGUCGGUAAUCGGGUUCUGGUAAAUUAUACACAUGGCGAUAAUACUGCCAUAGGCCCUUGUAGUGGCUAUACUGCACCUAUUGGAGGGUGGAACCCUCUCCAGCGAGGCUCGUUUAAUUGGAGUACGUAUUAACCUGGACACCAGGGGAACUAAUAUAUCAGAGGAUAAUUUUGAAUAACAGCUGUUGCACCCUACUGAACAGCCCCCCGAGUGAUCAACUGAUCAGCGAACAGCUGGUUGUGGAGACCUUGCCUCCCACCGCCACCAGGAAAACAAUUCUAAUUUAUAUCUACCAGAAAAAUUUAGCUCCGGAGCCAUAAUCCAGCCCGCUGGUGAUAAUGCCAUAAGAGAAGUUUAACUGACGUGACUGGCAGGCUUAGUUAAUAGGUCAAUAGUGGUUCUUCCUCAACUGUGAAAUGCCGCUUGCGAUAGGGAAUAUACCUUUGAAUUUCUAAAGAGCAACAUAUUCACACAAUAGUGAUAGAGCUUACUCAUGCAUCAAAUGUGUGAAAAUUGGAUUUAUGUGUAUUUCAAAAUCGAGCAGUAAAAUAUUUAAUUGCUAAAAGGAAUAGCAAGAUAAAAUGCGUAAUAAAAGUAUGCUUGCCAAGUAGUGUAGUGUGAAGCGGUAUUAGUUUGUAAUGUAUGCUUCAACUAAGUCAACUCUGAUAACAACAUCGGGUGAGGGACACAGAACUAAAAACACUACAAACUGUUUGAUCGAAACAUUUAAAAUGCUGAACAAUUUGGAAGAUUUUAAUCUAGACAACUUCUUGAAAAGGUUCAAUGUAAUUGAUACAGGGGGCAAUAGCUUCAUGCUCAACAAGCCACAACGUAGGACACACAACAGGACAUAAAUUCUUUAAUCAAGGUUAAUGGAAUCGCGAAUCACUAUACCUUCUGACUCUGCAACUCCAACAGCACCUCGUGCAAAACAUACUUCAGAAGCCCUUGAUCCUGCAGCACCGUCUACAGGGCUUCCUACUAGUGGAAUUGUUCCUGCUGCAACUCGCGAUCCUGCAAUACAACCUCAAACACCGGCUCUUGCAACAACAACUAUAGAAUCCACUGAUUCUUCAACAUCGACUUGAGCACCUCCAGGCACUGAAUCAGCUGCCGCUGCAGCACCUGAGCAGUCUGCCUGAGACGAACCCUCUACAUCAUCUGGAGAAGAAACAUCAGAGAAUGUCACUGAUGUCUCCACACAUCCACCAUCUCGAUAUUUCAAGAUCAAGAAACCACAUCUCUAGACGAAGACACUCAAGAACUAGACAUUGAAGCCCAAGAAUAUUACAAAAGCAUGGAAUCUCCAGUAAGCAGACGAGACUAAGAAUAUCGAAGAAGCAAAGAAGAGGAUCCUUCUCUGAAGAUGAUCAUUCCAACUGAAACAAUCUGUAAAUCAUGUGAUCUUGACAGUCUUACUACCUUCAUGAGAGUCCCAUCUCCCAGACUUAAGCCCUUCAUGAGAGUCCCAUCUCCUAGAGACUUACGAUCUUCACAUUUAGAUUCACACUCAUAGAAGCUCUUGGCGUAUUUCUUGCUUUAUUUCUCUCUAGCAUAUAAAUACACGAUAUAUUCCUGUGUGAAAUAUGUAUAUAACAAUAUGUUAUAACCUGUCCUCAGAUCAUAUCAGUAGUACAAUAUUGGACUUAUAAUGUAGGUCAACUUUGGCACUUAACUAUGAAUGUUCAAAUCUUUGUUCAGAGUUUAUGCAUAUAUUUGUUUACCUUCUUUUCGGGGCAAAUUCUCCCUGUGAAGUAUGGGUAAGUUAGGUAAGGCUAGAUUAAGUUAGGUUAGUUUUACAUUUAUUAAAAUGUUAGGAGAAGGUUUUAAGUAACUAUGAAAAAAAUAUAGUGAUGCCCUUGAUUUAUUCAUAUAACUAAUAAAUGAUCUCGGUCUGGUAUAAUAAUUAUCUCUAAGAAACCAUUAGUAACAUCGCCGGACCCCGACCUGGCUUACCCGGCAGCCGAUGUCUGUGUCUCUGGCGCUGUCGACGGGGAACUCUGGUAUUUUAUUAAGUGUAAUGUGUAGUCCAAAUAUAAAUAAUAAUGUCGAGUAGAGUCGUCACGACAAGCUCCUCCAUUGUAUAUUUCUUAUAAAUAAACAUAUGACAUUUC